UUGAUUUUCAAGGCGAGUCCAACGUCUCUCUUUGUAAACUCCGCUACUGCCCAUUACAUUACAAGCACCAAAUUCACAUGCGCAAUAUCCUUCACCGCCACUACUACAACCCUCUUAUCGUACGCACACUUCCUUCUUCAACCAUGGUAUCUUCUUCUCUCGCUCUCCCUUCCGUCUCUCUUAAAACCCUCUCUUUCACGUCUUCCGAUGCUUUUAAUAAAGGAAAUCGAGGAUUUGGUCUUAAAAAUGGGAAACGAUCUAGGAUUCUUAUGAGCUUGUCAGUUGGAUCUCAAAAUCAAACUGUUGUUGUUGAUAAUAUUUUGUUUAUCGAUUAUAAGCCUACGUCUGCCUUUUUGUUUCCCGGUCAGGGUGCCCAAGCUGUUGGGAUGGGAAAGGAGGCUCAAAGCGUGUCAGCUGCUGCUCAGUUGUACGAAAAAGCAAAUGAUAUAUUGGGGUAUGAUCUUGUAGAACUCUGCACCAGUGGUCCGAAAGAGAAGCUCGAUUCCACUGUUAUAAGUCAGCCUGCUAUUUAUGUCACAAGUCUAGCUGCAGUUGAAGUGCUCCGAGCUCGUGAUGGAGGCCAGCAGAUAAUUGACUCUGUUGAUGUCACAUGUGGUCUCAGCUUGGGAGAAUAUACUGCUUUAGCAUUUGCUGGAGCCUUCAGCUUCGAAGAUGGACUCAAGCUGGUCAAACUAAGGGGUGAAGCCAUGCAGGAAGCUGCCGAUGCUGCUAAAAGUGCCAUGGUCAGCGUCAUCGGACUGGACGCUGACAAAGUUCAACACUUGUGUGAUGCAGCCAAUCAAGACGUUGAUGAGGAUAAUAAAGUUCAGAUUGCGAAUUACCUGUGUCCUGGUAAUUAUGCUGUAUCUGGAGGUUUUAUGGGAGUGGAAGCAGUAGAGGCUAAAGCAAAGUCAUUCAAAGCUCGAAUGACAGUGCGUUUAGCAGUUGCUGGUGCUUUCCAUACAAGUUUCAUGGAACCAGCUGUCUCAAGAUUGGAAGCUGCUUUGGCAGCCACUGAAAUUAGACAACCAAGAAUACCGGUUAUAUCCAAUGUUGAUGCACAACCACAUGCAGAUCCUGCCACAAUUAAGAAGAUCUUGGCACGCCAAGUGACUUCUCCUGUUCAAUGGGAAACAACAGUGAAGACUCUCCUGGCCAAAGGGCUGAAGAAGAGUUACGAAUUAGGACCUGGAAAGGUUAUUGCUGGCAUUGUCAAGAGAAUGGACAAGAAAGCAGAAACAGAGAAUAUAGGCGCCUGAGGCACUGAGAAGGCAGCCAGAGGUGUGCCUCUAGAGGUUCCUGAUCAACACAUCAUCACAACUGGAGCACUACGCGCACAGGGACUCCCUGUAAAUGGCAGUUAGAAAUUUCUUGCACCAUGAUUUGCGACUUCAGUUUUGCUUUGAGAUUAAUUUGCAUCAAUUUAUAGAUUCAGAUCAUCUAGCGCGUCAAAUAAUUAAAUGUUGCAAAUUGUCUGUUGGGAGAUAUAUUUAAAUA